AUGUAUUGUAUGUUUUUGCAUAUACGUGUUAUAGCACCGCAGCCACCGGUAGAAGAAGAGGUUAUAGAACAGCCACCGGAAGAGGUUAUUCGAGCCCGGCGUCGACGUCGGGGCCGUGGCCAGGGCCGGGCAGAAGCACAGCAACAUGACGAUGCGCCUUUGGAUGUGGGUGGUCCGGAGGACCUAUCCUUGCUAAAGAGUUUUCACACACAUGUGGCUAAAGCCAUUUUGGAGGGAGAAGAGAGGGGUACAUUAAGAUUGCAUCAACACUCGGGUCUUUUGGGCAAUUGGGUAGUUACAGAAGACAGGUUCAAACAAAAGGUAUUGAAUUUGGGCUUGCUUCCAUUGUGUAGCAUAAAUAAAAACGCGCAAUGCAAUUCCUUUAGAAUUGCUGCAUUUGUUGAAAGGUGGCAUCCGGAGACGAACACCUUUCACUUUGACUUUGGUGAGAUGGGGUUGACAUUAGAUGACGUAGAACAUCUACUAGGGAUACCUGUUCGUGGAUUGCCUGUGUACACGGAGGACGAAAGGACGCCAAAAGAACUGUUAAUGGAUUUGCUUGGUGUGUCGAACGAAGUUGCGACAAAUGCAAUUACUGUGAAUGCAGUUAAACGGUAUACAGUUAAGUUGAGUUGGUUGGAGAUGAAUUUCAAAGACGUAAAUGAGACGGACACAGACGAGCGGGUUGUGUGUUGUGCUCGUGCGUACCUGCUAUAUGUCAUUGGGUGCACCCUUUUUUGUGAUAAGUCAGGUGGGUUCGUACAGCUUGACCUCCUUCCACUAUUGGAGGAUUUAGAUCAGGUUCAUACGUACGGAUGGGGCUCUAGUUGCUUGGCAUAUUUGUACAGAAAUCUUGGUUAUGCGAGUAGGAGGAAUGCAAAGCAGAUUGGUGGAUUUCUUAUAUUACUAGAGGCGUGGAUAAACGAGCACUUCCCAACGCUACAUGCUGUUGUUGACCCAGAGUACACGGAAGAACUUCCACGGGCACGACGUUGGUGUCUGCAUAGCGAGAGUGGCACAAGUGUACAGCAUUACCGGCGCGUGUUGGACAACUUACUUGUAGAUGAGGUGAUAUUUGACCCGUACAAGGCCCGCAGGCAAAAUGUCUCUGAGAUUGCUUUCUACACUGGUCCCAUUCGUGCCAUGUCCUAUGUGGAGCCAUACCUCCCCGACAGAGUCUUGAGGCAGUUUGGACUAUUGCAGCGAAUACCCGCAGACCCUAUAGCACCUCAGCGUGCAUCGCGAGGCCAGCACACCUACAACGUUGUUUACGAAUGGACUGAAGGUUUUUGGUCUAGCCCUGACUACCACUUGGUGCCUGAGGAUAAGAGAGAGCCUACACCACCUGGGAUUCCUUGGGCGUGUACUGAUGACUACAUUCCGUGGUUGAGGGUGUUCUCGCACCCGAGGGUGGGACAUGGUUUGGCACCUGGUGGAGGGCGUGUUAGGCAGGGUCGUGAGGAGCAGGUUCGGGUUGUGUUGGAUGUGGUACACAGGGCUUUGGGCGAUACCGAACUUGGAGCUGUUGAGUUGCGGCAGGCACUGCAGGACGUAGAAGCUAUUUUACGGCCCACAUUUGUUACUUAG